AUCUUGGUGCAAUCACUGGAAAGUCUUUUCUUUUAGUAGUUUUGGAUCAUGACGUGCUACCAAAAGGAGAGACCCCAAAUGCUAGAUCUGUUCCAUCAAUCUGCAUGUCCUCCUCUAUUUCUAACUCCCUCCUUUUACCUGAUCAAUCUGCUGUAGUAGAGAGGGAGAUGGGUGACACUAGUGUUGAUUUUUUCCUGGAGACCUUGAAGCAGCUUACAACGAGCUCCAACCUCGAUUUUAUCAUAGAUGAUGAGAAACAUCAGCUUCAAUCUCUUGAGGAGGAAAUAAAGUACUUGAGAGGGUUCCUCGUGGCUACGGAGAAGAAACGCAACGAGCAUUCAGAAGUGAUGAAACUGGUGAUGCAGAUCAGAGACGCGGUAUCCGAGGCAGAGAACAUCGUAGAACUGUUUAUAAGUCAUGCUUUCAAGGCUGAUGCCUCUCCAUUUCAAAAUAACAAUAGAAUGAUAAACAAGAAGAAGAUCAAAAAGAAGUCAUUACCAAAAAAUACGACAAAGAAUAAGGCUAGUCAAGAACAUCGGGAAUAUCUUUCCCUGGACCUAGAAGGUCUUCUUAAGACUAGGGUGAAGAAGAAGAAGAAUGAGGAGGCUAUACGUGAACAACAAGAUCAUCUUUCCCUGGACCUAGAAAGUGUCCAAAAGGAGAUCAAGACUCUUACAGGUGAUGAUCAGGUGAAGAAGGAGAAGAAAAAGACUAUUCGUGAACAUCAGGAUCAUCUUUUCCUGGACCUAGAAAGUAUUAAAAAGGAGAUCAAGACUCUUACGGCUGAGGUGAAGAAGAUUUACGACGAGAAUAUGUAUGACAUUAAUGGAGUAGCAAUCAAAAAACUCAAGCACUCUUCUGCCGGAAGUGAAGGAGGUCCAGGUUCAUCAGGAGGGAGCAACCCCUCCAAAGUGGCAGAGGAGAAGGUGGUGGUCGGUUUCAAGGAUGAGGUAGAGACAUUAAUGAGAAAGCUUGAUGACAGUGGAGAGAGUGGAGUACUAGAGAUUAUAUCAAUCGUUGGCGCGGCUGGAGGCGGCAAAACCACUUUGGCCAGAGAAGUGUACGAUCAACGUUUGACGUCGACAACCUUUGAAAUUCGUGCAUGGGUUGUUAUUUCUCAGGAUUAUGAUAAGACUAUCAAGAGGGAUUUGUUGAUGAGUAUUUUGAAAUCAGCUUUCCCAGAAAAUCAUGAAGAUUACGAGAAGAGUAACGAGGAUAUGUUGGGAGAAAAACUACUCAAAUGUUUGAAGGGUAAGAAAUAUCUUGUUGUCAUGGAUGACAUAUGGGGCAUUGAAGCUUGGAAUGAUAUCCAAAGAUCAUUCCCUAGGGACCGCAAGGGGAGUAAAGUCAUGCUCACUAGUUGACUACCUAUUCAAUUUGAUAGCAUCUGCUGCGUCCCUCAUUGUUUGGUCCCCUUACCAAAAAAUUGCAGUUGGAAGUUGCUAGAAAAGAAGGUAUUCGGGAUGAAACAAUGCCCUCCGGAGUUGGUGGACAUCGGUAAGCAAAUCGCAGAAAAAUGUAAAGGACUACCACUCGCGAUUGUCACAAUAGCUGGCAUUCUAGCAACGGAAGACAAGACACUUGACGUGUGGGAGGAAGUUGCCAAAAAUUUCAGUAUGACCAUUGCCAAAAAACAGGAGGGCUGCAUGGAGAUACUAGAACUUAGUUACAAUCACUUGCCUCUUCAUUUAAAAGGGUGUUUUCUUUAUAUUGGAGCACACCCCGAAGAUUAUGAAAUCCCCAUACGCGAGUUGAUAUGGUUAUGGAUAGUAGAGGGAUUUAUUCAGCAAAGUGAGGGGGGGAAAAGCUUGGAGGAUGUAGCAGAAGAUUACUUAAUCGGUCUUAUUGAUAGAAGUCUCGUAAUGGUAGCUAGGAGAAGUAGAUCCCAUGGAGGAAUUAAAGCAUGCCGUAUUCAUAAUCUUCUGCGUGAAUUAUGCUUGAAAAAAGCGGAGGAGGAUAAUUUUCUUGUGCAAAUUUACAGGGAUGAUUCUUUUUCACCUUCCGCUACAAAUAAGCAUCGUCGCCUAUUCAUUAGCAAUCCAUUCUUUCAAAAGUUUU